CUUUAUCCUUUUUGUGUUGCUUAGGCUUAUUUCCACAUAUGGCAGCAUCGAUGCAUGCUCAGUGGUCUUCCUUACCUCCUCAAUUUGGGAAAGGUAUUUUCUUUUCUGUUGCGGAAAAGGGCUAAGGAGGAUCAUAGAAAAGAAAAGGAAGAAAACACAAUGGACCGUAGCAUAGAGAAAAAAGACAAAGCAGAGAAAGGUAGGCUACUUCGGGAAUUACCCACCCGCAUCAGGGACGGAUACAUUGAGAGUAAAGUUUCAGUUGAAAUUGGUUUGAUGGAUUUGGCUUCUCUAGAGCUUGGCUCAUUUACUUUUGGGGGAAGAGCUGUACUGCAUGUCUGCAUGAGGAUAUUGCAGAAAAGAUGAUUGAAUUUCGGAUAACCCAAAGUGAAUUAUCAGGCCCGAGAGAUUUAUCUGAUGCGAAGAGGGUAUACCUAUGAUCAACAGUUGCAUUGUUACUUGUGGUAAUGUUCUUAAUAAUAUUAGGCCAACCAUGAAGCGGUCAAUUUUGUUCAUGCACAUGUUACUUGUGGCAAUGUUACCGUUCGCUAGUCUGGAAAUAGUAAAUGACCUAAGAACCGAGUCAGUAAAAUGAUGCCAUGGCCUUAAUUGGAAACAGUGGAGAAAAUAAAUCAAUCGGGUAUCGUAUUCUUGUGGCAGCGGAACCAGAGCUGACAGAAGCUGGGGAUAUAAGUGAAAUGUUGGAAAGCAUUACCUGAGACUAUCGUCCGUAGGGCCACCGCGAGUAGUAAUCACAAGUCUGCUGCAGAAGAAAUAGAGAAGACGGUGGAAAUGUCUCCAGAUGUCAAAGCUGCAGAGUGAGAGGCCACUGGUGCUCUAUCGGCAGCCUAAGUCUAGGAAGAAACAUGGCUAGCAUACUAGGUUCCACUUGAAUAGACGGAGGAGUAGAAGAUUUACUGCCCAAUGGUUUUUAAAGAUUUAUUAACAGAUGGAGCUUUUCCGAAAAUUUCAAACAAGUUUGAGGUUUUGUUGUUGGCUAGUACUGAAUUGAAAUCAAAACAAAACUUAAAUUUCUCCAAAUAAAAUGCAGUUUUGG